AUGGUCUUGUCAGAGUUAGAGCGGUGCCAGAUGCCUGCCGUGAAGAAGGAAGGUGGAGGUGUGCAAAAGACGAUCGAGCACUACACCUUCGCGGAUUCUCUUGAGUCUGCCACAAUCAUCAUUGAGGCAGACAAGGAUCUUUAUGGAGGAGCAGCGCAGCACGUGAAGGAAGAGCACGUAGAGGUUUUGAGCAAGGACAACGAGCUCGUUGUGAUAUUGCACGAGUUGCCUACAGCGGCAACGGCUGCCACUAGGGCGGAUUGGACCUUGCGCCUCGCGCCGCUCUGCCAUAGUGUGGAGUCUGAUCGGACUUCUUGGAAGCUUCGCAGAGGCAAGAUAUCUGUCAAGCUGACCAAGCGGAAGCCACAAGAGUGGAAGCGAGCUGUGAAAGUGUAG